CCGCGGUCGCGCCGCAGUGCGGCUCGUCCUCCGCUCGCCGACCCGGCUGCACGUCAGACUCGGGCGCUCAGCACGGACGGCAGCACGGGACCUCCUGCGCCGCGACCCGAGGUGGCGAUGGACCGGCCGCGGCAUUGGAAAGUGUCGCCGGCGCAGGCGGCCCCUGACAUUGCGCCGACAUCGGCCGUCCCUGACCGGCAGCCGGGCCCGGCGACCGGCUCGGAGGCCUCCGACCCGGCCGACAGGGUUACCACCAGCCCGGCCGACCCCAAGACGCUAAAACAACUGAAGCCUGACGAUGUGGUGUAUGUCGUGUACGAAACCACCAAGGAUGGCACCAAGUUCACAUACCCCGCUAAGAUAUUGGAGAUACGGAAGGACGCACCGUUCACGUACUUUUUCGUCCACUACCUCGGCUGGUCCCAGCGUCACGACGAGUGGAUCAUGGCCCAAGUCAUCCACAGUGUCGUGAAUCUCAGCCAGCUUCCAGACGGCCUCCGGUCGCUCAAGCGUCGCAUGGUGCCGGCGUCGUCCGGGCCGGCCUACCUGGCCGCCUACCGCCGACUGCGGCCCUGCUCCGUGGACCUCUCCGCCAACAACAUCUGCUUCUUCUCGGCGCUGCGCAAGGAGCGCUUCCACGUGGCGGACCGGCGCAUCAUGGCUCUGCGGGAGGCGCGGCGCAGCGGCCGGCAGGACGGGUGGUCCGCCGGCGCCGUGCUCUGAUCCCCGGCUCGGUCGCCCCGCCGAGUGGACCUAAGCGACGUCUAGUGUGAGUCGAUCGACCACGCGGAGCGUGGCUUUGGCCCCAGUGCGAGAUUUUGAGCCCAGUGUGGCCAGUUGGUGCGGUGAGGCCACCCCAGUUGGCACAGGUAAGAUCCGUUUGCGUUAAGUUGUGCGUCUGAUGGUUAGCCGAGAUGCCAUGGUGUUCAGACUGUCAUGUAUCAUAGUGAUGAUUUUUGGGUUGUGAUAUCACGUACAGGAAGCGAAGGUCCAGUUUUCACAUCUACUCAAUACGUCUGUGGUGGUGUGUGCGUGAUCGCAUUUCGACUGUUUUUCAUAUGCCCUUCAGCGGGCGCGUUAGCCAUCGUGCUGGUCUGGUGUGCCAAUCAUUCUAUGGCUCCUGGAGCGGAGCUUUGUGCUUAACAUUCGAGUGAAAGUGGUCUCAUUUUACAGUUGUAUUUUAUACGUGUGUACAAGCCCAGAAGGCAAUACACGGCGUAUGCCCAACCGA